AUGUUUGCAGGGGAAGAUAUAAAGCUUCUGAAUUCCUACCGAAGCGAGGCAACAGAUUCAAAGGUGGACAUCAUCUCUAAAAGUCUGCAAGAUACCGAAGAGGGGCCAUAUGAAGAUGGUGAUGAUGAAACUGAACAUGUCUAUAUCAAAAAACUUGAAUAUGCUUUUGUAGUUACCUUCCUAAAUAGCUUAUAUACCUGUAAUUAG